AUGCUACGAAAUAAUAAUCGAGGGAAAAAGAAGCUGCGGAGCCGCCUGUCUAGUAAUUCCUCGUCAUCAUCACCACCAGAGGCCUCCGCAGAAAACUGCAGCUAUGCUCGCACAAUUGGUAUUCACAAUGAUAUCUUGCAUCAGAAGGGGAAGAAGGAGAUGAAGACAUGGACUGAUGGACAAAUCAGUUUUGAACCUUCUUCGGAGGAAAAGUAUUUAAGACAAAACAGGAUGGUUAGAGCGUAUUCCCAAGAACACACUUACAAGCACCCAUGGGAACGAGUCACAGCAGCAUCAUGGCGCAAGUUUGCUGACCCCGAGAACAAACGCAGUCUAACUCACAUCCUUGAGGUCGACACUCUGAAUCACAAGCUUGACCCUAGUUCCGGGAAGCUGUACACAACUCGAGCUAUCACCAUCCAUGCUCCAGGACCAUGGUUUGUUCGCAAGAUCAUUGGUCAGGAUAUAUGCCACUGUGUUGAAUCAACUGUCGUUGAUGCACAAUCUCGUUCAAUGCAACUUGCAUCCCGUAAUAUCAGUCUCCAAAAGUUCAUUGAAGUGGAAGAGAAGAUCAGAUACGACCCUCAUCCCGAGAACCCAAAUCAAUGGACUAUUUGUAAGCAGGAAACUAGCAUACGGAUCAAGCCAUUGUCGACUCUGGCAUCGAUGGCAGAGAAGAUAGAGCAGCGAUGUGUGGAUAGAUUCCAACAGAAUAGUGCCAAGGGUAGAGAGGUUAUGGAGAGGAUUUGCAAGUAUCUUGAAGCUGAAUCCCGCAGGAUUUCUCUCAGAUCUUGA